AUGCCUGGACCAAAACUUUAUGGCCGCACUAUUGCAUUUGGACCUUACACUCCAGAGGAUCUAGUGGAGGCGCGCCGCGAGUUUCCAGAAGAGAGGCUACCAUCUAGGGCUCUAGAAAAGUUUGCCCACGCUCAUUGGCUCGGAUCAAGUAGCAACAAAUGGUUCUGGAAAGACAACUGCCGCUACACUUGCGGUGAUGAUAUCAUCUAUAAUCAAAUCUGGGAACCCAGAACCAAAGAAGUUCGCUGUCCGUACAAUUACAAGAAGUACUUGGUUCCACUGGGUGGUCCUCCAACGCUGUCACAAAUCGAUACACCCAAGCCACAGAGGCUUUCAAAGCUAAUCGCGCACAAGAGCGAAAUGCAAUGGAACGUACCUCGUGAUCAUCCUCGUCAUCUUUUGAAUUUCCCACAAGAAAUUCUGGAUGCUAUUUUUGGGUCCAUAUUGAGUGCCCAAGAAUUUAUAGUGCUCCCCGAUGUCUCCACCUCGAACAGGCUGCCCAAGUAUGAUGACCCCAAAUUCCACCAAUCUUACAACUUGGAAGGAAUUGAAUGGAAUUAUAAAUAUCCGAAGACGGCUCACUUUGAAUCUCUCUGGAUCAGCACAGUAAUUCACGAACAACGAUAUGAUGCACAUGGAAAGUACUUUGUUCUUCGCAGAGUUUGCCGCCCUAUGAUCGACGCAACAAUUCUGCGGGUCUGCAAGAGCAUCUGUGAUCAGGGAAAUGAAAUUUUAUAUACAGGAAACAAAUUCAAGUUCCUGACAACAAAGACUGGCAAAUUGGGGGCCCCAGAUACCUUGUUUGAAGACAGGUUAUAUCCAAAUACUGGGUCGAAUAGAUCAUUUUGUCAAGGAAGAGACUGCCAAGAAGCCAGAAAGAGACGACAAGAAAUGGCCGUUGAUGCUAUCAGCAUCAUCGAAAACAGAACAACGGUGGUAGAUCUGUACUUCGACAUGUAUCAUGAUCCCUUUGUACGAUUCCUUCGUGCCAUCGGGCCAAGCAAGGCCGCCAUGAUCAAGACCCUACAUUUCAGCGGGCCCGUCAAGCAACAUUAUUGCUCUCAGGAUUCUAGCUGCACCAAAUGUACCAAGGAGUGCGAAGACGACUUGAUCGAAAGUAUGCUUCUUUACAUUACUCUCAUUAACAAGUUUUGCACCAACGUACAAAAGUUGGUGAUUAUUGUGAGCAGGGACUACCAAACGAGCAAUACCUUCAGGGGAGGCCGCGUAUCAUAUGACGAGGACGAACGAGAACGCGGGUUUAUUGCACGUCUGCAAGAUUUGCUGGAAAACCAGAUCAGAGAGUUGAACACGGUUCAACAACUCCAGGUCUCCUUGGAUGGCCAGACAGAGAUAGAAUGUGCCAAAGACACAGAGGCAUGGUUUUCUGAGAGAGCUCGUCAGCGGGGACUCGAAGCGUUUGGGAAGACGAAACUGCAGAUCAGGAUGCAGGCUUUGACCAUUGGUGAUGAUAAUGCCAAUAGUUCCAUUGUUUCGGAAGCAACAUGA